CAUGGGACCGCCCCCUCGUCACUGGGGGUGGGGUUACGUGUAGGUGACGUGGCCGCUUCCAGUCUUUGGUCGGGUUUCGGCGGCUUCAGUGCUCGGGGAGGAGGCAGUGACGGCUGGGGAGAUUGGAAGUGGCGGCGGCGGCAGGCGGCAGAGGGGAGUCCGAGGUUAUGCGUCUCAAUGAUCCCGCGGAAACGCUACGGGUCUAAGAACACGGAUCAGGGUGUCUACCUGGGUCUCUCAAAGACACAGGUCCUGUCCCCUGCAACUGCUGGCAGUAGCAGCAGCGACAUCGCCCCUCUGCCACCCCCAGUGGCCCUCGUCCCUUCCCCUCCCGACACCAUGUCCUGCCGGGAUCGGACCCAGGAGUUUCUGUCUGCCUGCAAGUCGCUGCAGACCCGUCAGAAUGGAAUCCAGACAAAUAAGCCAGCUUUGCGUGCUGUCCGACAACGCAGUGAAUUCACCCUCAUGGCCAAGCGCAUUGGGAAAGACCUUAGCAACACAUUUGCCAAGCUGGAGAAGCUGACAAUCUUGGCAAAGCGCAAGUCUCUCUUUGAUGAUAAAGCAGUGGAAAUUGAAGAGCUAACAUAUAUCAUCAAACAGGACAUCAAUAGCCUCAACAAACAAAUUGCUCAGCUCCAGGAUUUCGUGAGGGCCAAGGGCAGCCAGAGUGGCCGGCACCUGCAGACCCACUCCAACACCAUUGUGGUCUCCUUGCAGUCGAAACUGGCUUCUAUGUCCAAUGACUUCAAAUCGGUUUUAGAAGUGAGGACAGAGAACCUGAAGCAGCAGAGGAGCCGGAGAGAGCAGUUCUCCCGGGCACCUGUGUCAGCCGUGCCCCUUGCCCCUAACCACCUGGGGGGUGGUGCUGUGGUUUUGGGGGCCGAGUCCCAUGCCUCCAAGGAUGUCGCCAUCGACAUGAUGGACUCUCGGACCAGCCAGCAGCUGCAGCUCAUUGACGAACAGGAUUCCUACAUCCAGAGUCGGGCAGACACCAUGCAGAACAUUGAGUCGACAAUUGUUGAGCUGGGCUCCAUCUUUCAGCAGUUGGCACACAUGGUUAAGGAACAGGAGGAAACCGUUCAGAGGAUCGACGAGAACGUGCUAGGAGCCCAGCUGGACGUUGAGGCCGCCCAUUCAGAGAUCCUCAAGUACUUCCAGUCAGUCACCUCCAACCGGUGGCUCAUGGUCAAAAUCUUCCUCAUCCUCAUUGUCUUCUUCAUCAUCUUUGUGGUCUUCCUUGCUUGAACCCUCUCCACUCUGAGGCACUCUUGGGGUUUGGGACCCUCCUGGGAAGGCAAGUGGCCAGUGCUGCCACUGAGCCUGUGCAGGGUACUUGGGAGAAAGGCCCUGUUUCCCUGGAACUGCUAAGAAUGGCCACUGCCCCUGAUCCCCCACCCCUUGCCUCUGGCCACCCUGUCCUCCCCCCACCACCCUCAGGCCUAUGAAACACACAGGGUUCUAGAUUUGAACUCUGCUAUGAAGUGACUGGAAGGGAGCAGAGGCCAGCUGGGGGCCAGGGGGGGUGGUUGUUUCCACUAGGAGAUUUUUAUAAACCCUCUCCAGCCUCUCCCUAAGGAAGCGUUGGCAGCAAAGGGAGAUGAUGCCCUUACCCACCUUCCUGUGAGUGAAGAGAGGAAGCAGCCCCAGGGACCAAUUUUCCCAAUUGACCUCUUCCUCUUUCACCAUGUGAGGCAGGGAGCCCUGAGCCCUUCAGCUGCCUGCACAACCCCCAACACUGGCUGCUGGUGACUCUCAAUCUGCCAAAUGUGCUGCAGCCCGUUUUCUCCCAAUUACAGCAAGACUGUCAGCCUCA